AUGGCCUCCAACUGCCCCAUCCCCACCGCGCGUCUGAAGCAAAUCUGCUCCGACGCCUGUUCCUCCACCAUCAGCAGCACCACCUCCUACGAACACUCCCAGACCCAACAAUGGAACAACGCCAUCAUCGGCAACGUCCUCCAACAACUCAUCUCCGAAUCCCAGUCUCCCGAGGAAAAAGGCCAACCGCCCCAGUACAAGUUCAUCGUCAACACUACCAUCGUCCAGCACUUGUCUGAUCCGGCAGGAGCCGAGCCAGGGAGCAAGAAGGUCGGUAGACGGGGCAUGCACUCUGCCAGUGGAGCCUUCUGGAACAAUGAGAAAGACGGAAUGUGGUCGUACAAGUACGAGGGAGGAGAGGGCAAAGGGAUGGAUAUUGUUGUCUGUGUCAUGUGGGUUGCUGUGUAG